AGCUGAGCCCCAGCUACGGUGGCAGCAAGAGGGGAUCCUGGAGUGUGUGAAGAGGUGAGCAGCCAGCUGGGCUCGUCGGUGCUGAGCAGGUAGCCCUGCAGCCAGAGAUCCUCACCUUCCCUCCCACCGGGGCUGGGCCAGGGCACCCUGAGUCUGAAGAGCAGCAGGUGGGGUGGGGGGGGCUCUCCAGGUCCUCGGCCGCCAGCAUGUUGGGGGUGAGGACGGUGACCACGAACUGAUCCACCUCGGCCACCAGCUGUGACGCGAAGCCCAGAGAGGGGGCCGUGUUCUCCGCGCUGCCCCGCAGCCGCGCCGCCACCUGGAAGUACUCACACUCCGUGUCACCCAGCAGCUCCACCUGCAUGGGGACAGAGGCGCAGCUGGGCCAGGGCUCGGCUGCCGUGUGCUGGUAGCAGAUCCCUUGUUUGGGGGGAAGCCCAGUGCUGGGGGAGCAGGGGGUAUGAGUGGGGGGGGCACUGGUGGGCAGGAGGGGAAACUCUUGUCUGGGGUGGGGGGCAGCCACAAAAUUUUUUGCUUGGGGCAGCAAAAAACCUAGAGCCGGCCCUGCCUCCUGGGUGGGGGGAGGGAGAGGUAGGGUGUGAUAAACCUGCUGAUUUUCUGAGUAGGUCCAUUGCCAGCAAAGGGGAGAGGGACAUUCGCCUAUUUCGAAAACAGGACAUAAGCCCCUGUACAGUGCUGGACCCUGAACCCACUGGCCAGAGGCUGCUGUGAAAUAUGCAGGGAAGCUGUCGGGAUUCCUGUCCCUGUCCCUGGCUCAGAGCUCUGCUUCCCGGAUCAGCCUGUGGCUGGCAGAUGCCGGUGACCUUCGAGGAGGUGGCUGUGUAUUUCACCCAGGAGCAGGGGGCUCUGCUGGACCCCAUUCAGAGAGCCCUCUACAGGGAUGUCAUGCAUCAGAACUACGAGAUGGUGACCUCACUGGGAUUUCCCAUUCCCAAACCUGACCUGAUCGCACAGCUGGAACGAGGGGAAGAGCCGUGGGUACCCGAUCUCCAGGCCGGUGAGGAAAGAGAGGUCCUGAGAUGCACCUGCACAGCAGGUGCUGAGAGAGUCGGUGAGAAGGAGGAGGGGAAUCAUCAUGAGAAAGAUCCUGAGGAAGUGGAACUACAAUGCACAUUUAUGGGAAGAGCUGAAGGGAAUUUUUCCCAGUGCUGGGAAGAGGGAAAAGCCUGGGGAAAUUGGCACAGGUUAGAGAGGCUGAUGGGAAACCACCCAGGGAAGGAAGUGGAUGAAUCUAUUAACUGUGGGGGUGGAGACAAGGGUCCCACAGCCCAGUGGACAAAUUCCAAGGAAGAAAAACCCUACCACUGCCUGCAGUGUGGGAAAGGAUUCACUGUGAGACCACAGCUUGUUUUAAAUCAGACAAUCCAUGCGGGAGAGAACCCCCUUCAAUGCUUGGUCCCUGGGAAAAUCUUCAGUAUCUGCUCAGACGUUAAUAACCAUGGGAAAAGCCACAUAGGAGAGAAAUCCUAUCGAUGCCUCGAGGGUGGGAACUGUUUGAAUUCAGCACUAAUUACACAUCAGAUAAACCACACAGGAGAGAGACCCCAAAAGUGCUUGAGCUGUAUGAAAAGUUUAGGAAAAGCAUCAGCCCUUGUUAAACAUCAGGCAUUACACACAGGAGAGAGAACUCAUAAGUGCUUAGACUGUGGGAAAAGUUACAUAAGUAGGUCAGAUCUUCUUAGACAUCAGGCAAUCCACACAGGAGAGAGACCCCAUAAGUGCUUAGACUGUGGAAAGAGUUUCACACAGCGAUCAUAUCUUUUAACACAUCAGAGGAUCCACACAGGAGAGAGACCGCAUAAGUGCUUGGACUGUGGGAAAAACUUCAUAUGGAGGUCAGAGCUUGCUAAACAUCAGAGAAUCCACACAGGAGAGCGACCCCAUAAGUGCUCAGACUGUGGGAAAAGUUACACACGGCGUUCAGACCUUGUUAGGCAUCAGGCAAUCCACGUAGGAGAGAAACCCCAUAAGUGCUUAGACUGUGGAAAAAGCUUCAUACGGAGAUCAGAACUUGUUAAUCAUCAGGCGAUCCACACAGGAGACAGACCCCACAAGUGCUUGGACUGUGGGAAAAGUUACAUAUGUAGGUCAGAUCUUCUUAGACAUCAGGCAAUCCACACAGGAGAGAGACCCCAUAAUUGCUUAGACUGUGGAAAGAGUUUCACACAACGAUCAUAUCUUAUAACACAUCAGAGGAUCCACACAAGAGAGAGUCCCCAUAAGUGCUUGGACUGUGGGAAAUGUUUCAUACAGAGGCCAGACCUUAUUAAACAUCAGGCAAGCCACACAAGAGAGAGACCACAUAGGUGUAUGGACUGUGGAAAAAGUUUCAUACGGAGAUCAGACCUUGUUAGACAUCAGGCUAUCCACAUAGGAGAGAGACCCCACAAGUGUAUAGUCUGCGGGAAAGGUUUCUUGCGUAGGUCACACCUUGUUAGACAUCAGAGAAUCCACACAGACAAGAGACCCGACAAGUGCUUAGACUGUGGGAAAUGUUACAUACAGAGAUCAAACCUUGUUAGACAUCAGUCAAUCCACACAGGAGAGAGACCCCACAAGUGGUUGGACUGUGGGGAAAUUUCACGCAGAGAUCACACCUCGUUAAACAUGAGAGAAUCUACACAGGAUCUAAACUUCUCGGACACAGAGACAGAAAGUAUUAAGGAAAUUGCAUAUAAUUGACCUAGAUUAAAUCUUUAGAGACAUGUUAGAAAAGUGUGUCCUCCUCAGAGAAACUAGAGCUUCAAGAGGUAACAGUGUAUUGUUAAAGACAUGGAAGAAGAUGUUAACUGUAGUAGUCUCUGUUUAGCUGUAUCUUGUUAGAGGUUAACAAUGGAAAUAAACCUUUCCUGUCUAGGGUUCUAUUCUGUGAAUUCAGAGAUCAAAAGGGAACAUUAACAUUUAGAUAAAACUUGGUUGUAAUAAUGUCAUUGUUUGUCUCCUGAAAGUUUGUGGUAAACUGUCUUGAACUGCUUUAUGGAGAAUCACCUCAUGCUAAUCCAUGUAAUUAUUUACUAGUGGUGUUUAGGAAAUAGAAGGUCACUUCAAAAGCCUGUUGUUCAGCCAAUAACUGUGUGCUGUCGAGACGCUGGAAAAAUGAUCCUUUCUUCCCUGAUCUGCCGAAGCGUUAUUCGGAGUGCGAGUGUGAGUCAGAAGACAGAGAUCUCCAGUCCCUUCUGGACCACCCUGACAUUGAAAUUGGACAUUGGACUAGAACUUAAUUAAAUGAUUCUGUAAAGGACUCUUUGCAAUGCUAAAGCAUCAUCUCAACGGUGAAACUGACCAAAGGACUGGCUGUAUCUCUGAAUGUAUAAUGAUCGUUUAAGCAGCACACUCUCUCUUUUCUUCUUUUAAUAAAUCUUAGUUGAGUUAAUAAGAA